AAAGAUCCUCCCAUGCGCAAUCUCGAUUUGUAUUCUGUAGCCUUUUGCUCCUAAGAAAUUCCAUUUUGGUGUUCUUAUGUUGCAAACAAUCUUACUCGUGUACACGUGAUUAUAUAUGUUACAAGCGAUUUAAGAAGGGGAAUUCAAAACGAUUGGAACUUGUAAGGAUUAGUUACAGCUAUUUCGUUCAUGCGAUAUGCCCCUUCCUUCAUUAGAUAAAACACAAAACUAGUAUUGGCUGUAACUAAUAAUUAAACAAUUUUGUUUGCAAAAGAAACGACUGGAAAACCGGCUCAUCCAACAAACCAAAAAUGUCUCUCUUUUCUCAUGCAUCAGGUGCCGCUCACCUACCAGAAUUUGGGUAAUAUGAGGAGCCAUAUUAUUCUUGCUACACUAUAUAAUACCAAACUUAUCAGAUAAUUAAAGGUACAUCUUUUGGUAAAUUAAAGAUAAUUGAGAGGGGGCAGAUGUAUGGAAUGAUGGGGGUAGAAGGGCAGGAUAAAGUAUCAUCAGUUAAACAUCACUAUCUGCUGAAGUUCAUGUGUACUUAGGUUGUUUGUGUUCUUUUACUUUUGUUUACCCAAUUUUGCUCUAUCAAAUCAGGUAUCCUUUUGGAUAAAAGCUACUAUCUUUUUGGUCAGACAGUCUGCAAAGAUUAGCUGUUUCCCGUUCCCUGAGGAUAUUCUUGUCCAAAAUACGCGUGAAGCUAGAGGAGCAAAAUAAGGUUUUUUCUCGAGGCUUCGAGUUAUUUGAACUGUGGCAGGGGGAAACAUGAUCCUAGUGCAAAGUAUUGUGGAGAGGCUGAGGCCCAUUGUGGGGUCGAAGAACUGGGAUUAUUGCGUGUUUUGGAAGAUGAGUGAAGACCAAAGGUUUCUUGAGUGGUUGUGUUGCUGUUGUGCUGGAGCUGAUGGUGUCCAUAAUUGUGAACAAGAGCUUCUUUUCCCUGUUUCUUCGUCAUCGUCUUCUUCUUCUUCAUCUUGCCUGCCUUGCAGAGAUGUCUUGUUUCAGCAUCCCAGAACUAAAUCCUGUGAUUUGCUCGCACAAUUGCCUGCUUCCAUCCUGCUUGAUUCCGGAAUGUAUGCACAGGCCUUUCUAUCAAGCCAAGCAAAAUGGUUGAAUUUCUCACAGCUCUCUGAAUCAAAUGUUUCUGAUGAAAUAAUCGGAACCCGAGUUUUGAUUCCACAACCACUUGGACUAAUUGAGCUGUUUGCUGCAAAACUGGUACCUGAAGAUCAACAAGUCAUAGACUUUGUUUCAAGCCAGUGCAGCAUUUACUUGGAGCAGCAAGCCAUGAUGCUUAAUUCGGGCAGCUCGAGUGGGAUUCCAGCAGACAAUGGAGACGAUCAAAUGGAUCCUCGCAAUCUUUUCCAGCCGGUGAUCUCACCAUCCCCGUCUGCACAUCCAAUCCAUCUAACUAGCUUGCCAAUGAGCUUUCUCCCACAGCUGAGCUACACUGCAGACAUUGGCAGCUGUAAGAGUGGCACUAGCAUGCUAAUGCAGAACACGAGCGAAUUGAGUGCUUUCAGGUCUCAGAUGGAGAACGGGUUAGAUGAGAUCGAUGUGGUGCAGAAGCAGCUGAUGGAGCGGUUGGAGAACAAAGACGAGCAAGGAGGAAACGACGAUGACUCGUACAGACAAGAGAAUGGUCGAUCACACUCGAUAUCAGACAGCGAUCAAAACGAAGACGAGGAUGAUGCCAAGUACAGAAGGAGAACUGGGAAGGGCCCCCAAUCCAAGAACCUGGUUGCAGAGAGGAAGAGAAGGAAGAAACUGAAUGAAAGGCUGUAUGCUCUUCGAGCCUUGGUCCCUAAAAUUUCCAAGCUGGAUAGAGCUUCAAUCCUGGGAGAUGCCAUUGAAUAUGUGAUGGAGCUGCAGAAGCAAGCCAAAGAUCUCCAGAAUGAGCUAGAAGUGAACUCGGACGAUGAGGGAACAGGCAGGAGGAAUCGCAACAAUCUCCGGGCAGAAGACAGGAAUGGGAUUAAUCCCUGUGUCCCAAAACCUGAACCUGAAAAACAUUCAAAUCUUGAAUCAGAAAAAACAGAUGACAAGGUCCAGCAGAUGGAGCCUCAAGUGGAAGUUGCACAGCUAGAUGGGAGUGAGUUUCUUGUGAAGGUGUUCUGUGAACACAAGUAUGGUGGAUUUGUGAGGUUGAUGGAGGCUCUCAAUUCUCUAGGCUUGGAAGUAACAAAUGUGAAUACCACAAGACACACCUGUCUCGUCUCAAACAUAUUCAAAGUAGAGAAAAGGGAUAGUGAAAUGGUGCAAGCAGAUCAUGUUCGGGAGUCGCUGCUGGAGCUAACGCGGAACCCUGGCGGCAGAGGGUGGGCGGAGAUGGGUGGAAAAGAAGCAAAUGCAUCCAUAUCAGAGAGUAGUGAUCACAACGGGAUGGGAAUGGGAAUGGGAAUGGAGCAUCACCACCAGCAGCACCGCCUCCACCACCAUCUUCAACAGAUCAAUUCCCACCGCCUCCACCACCUGCAUAACUAACACUUCCAUCUCCACACGCAAAUCUUUUGUCUCCUGCUUUACUUUCCAAAUAUUGCAUAUACCUCUUUCUAUAAUAAGACAGACAAAUUUCAGACUGCUCAGAUUAUUAAUAGUAAUUAUGUUAAAUGAAU